AUGGCGAUACAACCGCCCCCGGAGGCUUCCAAGCGGGUGCAGGUUAUGGUGGUGGGCUUGGGGAUGGUCGGGAUCGCGUUCAUCGAGAAGAUGCUCACGCUCGAUACGGUGGGGAAAUACCACAUCCGGACGUGCGGCGAGGAGCCUACAGUAGCGUACAACCGAGUCGGUCUGACUGAGUACUUCCAGCACCGCAACGUAUCGGAGCUUUACCUCAACCCUGUGUCAUGGUAUGCCGAGCAGAACCCCGAGCAGUUCAGCUUCCACAUCGGCGAGCAGGUUCUGCGGAUCGAUCCCGCCAAGAAGGAGGUGCACACUAGCAAGGACAAUGUCUUCACCUACGAUAUUCUCGUCUUGGCCACCGGCUCUGCAGCUGGGCUUCCGCCUUAUGUCUCGGCUGAGCGAGCACGCAAGACCAAAGGUGUCUUCGUCUACCGUAGUAUCGCCGAUCUGGAGAACAUCAUCAAGUAUGCCGAGCAGGACCACGUGACUCGCGCAGAGGUCAUCGGUGGAGGCCUGCUCGGUCUGGAAGCCGCCAAGGCCGUCUAUGAUAUGCCGUCUGUCCCCAACGUCUCGAUCCACAUUCGACAGGACUACCCACUCAACCGCCAACUCGACGCAUCGGCAGGCAUGCUCGUCCUUCGCAAAAUCGAGGAUCUGGGCGUCAAGGUUGUCACCAAGUCGACCAUCAAAGAUAUGACGACCCGGACGGACGAGUCUGGCGAGACCUUUACGGGCUUUCAGACCGCCUCGGAGCCCAUUGAGUCGGACUUGGUCAUCUACGCCGUUGGUAUCAAGCCUCGGGACGAUCUCGCGCGGGACAGCGGAAUCGAGCUGGAUGCUGGUGGUGGUGUCAAGAUCGGGGACGACCUCAUGAGUUCUGCGAAGGACGUGUAUGCCAUUGGAGAGUGUGCGAGCUGGCGCGGAAACUUCUACGGUCUCAUCGCACCCGGCGUGGAAAUGGCCGAUAUCCUCGCCUUCAAUCUCACCCAAACCCACGGCGAAGGCGCUCCCAAGCACGCAGCGCGGAAGAUGAACACUCCCGACCUCUCGACCCGGCUCAAGCUCAUGGGUGUCGACGUUGCCUCCUUUGGAGACCACUUUGCCGACAUGCGCGUCCAGCCCAAGAUCUACUCUGCCCCUGCGCUCGGCGAGGUGCAUAUCGAAAAGCCGUCCAGGUCGAACGAGAAUACAGCGGUCAAAUGCUUGACAUACCACGAUCCCUUCUCGGCGACGUAUAAGAAGUACAUCUUCAGUCAGGAUGGGCAGCAUCUGUUAGGCGGGAUGAUGAUCGGGGAUGUUGGGGACUUUACCAAGCUCGUCGCCAUCACCAAGAAGAAGAAAAAGCUCGACGUGCCUCCUUCCCAGUUCAUCCUUGGCUCCAAGUCCGAGGGCGAGACCAACGGGGACGACCUGGACGACGACACCACCAUCUGCUCUUGCCACAACGUCACCAAAGCCGCCAUCACCAGCUGUGUCAAAGACGGUCUCACCGAUUUUGCCAAGAUCAAGGCCAAGACCAAGGUGGGGACGGGAUGUGGUGGAUGCGUCCCCCUCGCCACCUCUAUCUUCAAGACGGAGAUGAAGAAGCUCGGUCACUCGAUCAACAACAAUCUCUGCCACCAUAUCAAGAUGAGCCGACAGGACCUGCUCUACACGGUUAAGAUCAAGAAGCUCAAGGACUUCCGGUCGAUCAUGGAUACCAUCGGGACGGGCAACGGGUCGCAAGGGUGCGAGAUCUGCAAGCCUGCCAUCGGGAGCGUAUUGUCCUCGCUGUACAACGAGUUCGUCAUGGCACCCAAGCACCAUGGGAACCAGGAUACAAACGAUCGGUACAUGGCCAACAUCCAGCGGGACGGCACAUUCUCGGUCGUCCCUCGUAUCGCCGCCGGGGAGAUCAAGCCCGAGGAGCUCAUCGUUAUCGGUCAAGUCGCCAAGGAAUUUGACCUCUACACCAAGAUCACCGGCGGACAGCGGAUCGAUAUGUUUGGCGCCAAGAAGCAGGACCUCCCGACCAUCUGGUCUCGCCUCAUCGACGCCGGUAUGGAGUCGGGUCAAGCGUACGGGAAAGCUUUGCGGACGGUCAAGUCCUGCGUGGGCAGCUCGUGGUGUCGGUUUGGCGUGGGAGACUCGGUCGGGCUGGCCGUGGACUUGGAGAACCGGUACAGGGGUGUCCGAGCGCCACACAAGUUCAAGGGAGGGGUCAGUGGGUGUGUCCGAGAGUGUGCCGAGGCCCAGUCCAAGGACUUUGGCCUCAUCGCGACCGACAAGGGAUGGAACAUCUUCAUCGGUGGGAAUGGAGGAAUCACCCCUCGUCACGCCAAGCUCUUUGCUUCCGAUGUUCCACCCACCAAAGUCGUCCGCAUCAUCGACCGCUACCUUAUGCUCUACAUCCGUACCGCCGACCGACUCCAACGUACCGCGCCAUGGGUCGAGAGCUUCGAGGGCGGGAUCGACAAGCUGCGCAAGAUCAUCCUGGAGGAUGAGCUGGGUAUCUGUGCGGACCUCGAGGCGGAGAUGCACGCGCUAGUGGGGACAUAUGAGGAUGAGUGGAAGAGGGCGGUGAAUGAUCCAGAGCUGCGAAAGCAGUUCAAGCAAUUCGCCAACUCGGACGAAGUACGCCCAUCCAUCGAAAAGAUUGAAGAAAGGGGCCAGAACCGAGCGGCCGAUUGGCCAAAAGACUUCCCACCCAUGAAGUUUGAAGCCAAGGACUUACCGACGCCCAAGGAGCAGUGGAAGUGGAUCCCCCUCGCUACAGUGGACGACCUCCGGCCUACACACGAGAAUACCACGAGCGCCGCAGUGAGGUAUGGGGAGGACUCACAGCUCGCCAUCUUCCAUUACCCGGGUAAAGGGUAUCUGGCCUCUCAGCAGAUGUGCCCGCACAGGCGUGCCUUUGUGCUGGACCAUGGUAUCGUCGGAGAUGACAAGGAUGGAAACCUCUAUGUCUCUUGCCCGCUGCACAAGAGGAAUUACGAUCUCAAGACUGGCGACUGCAGUACCGACCCAAGUAUGCACAUCCUGACCUUUGAAGUCAAGGAAGAGGCGGGGACCCUUUUGGUCAAGUUGCCGCCAGCGGAGGAGCUCGACGAGAUGAUUGGUAGUUCCAAGUGGAUGGUCCGCAAGUCUACGGCAGAAGCGCUCGGGCGGAUCCCGGCUACCAGAAUUGAGAUUGUGCCGCCUUCCAUGCGGGCCCUCCAGGACCCAACGUCCUCGCCUGAGGCCAAGCAUGGGAGCAACGGCGGCGGGUGCGGGAGUGCUGCUCUAGACUGGUAA